AUGACAGUUCGUGACGCAUUGAACACGGCGAUGGAGGAGGAAAUGCUUCGUGACGAGACGGUGUUCGUUUUGGGGGAGGAAGUCGCUAGGUACAAUGGCGCAUACAAGGUCACCAAAGGGCUACUUGACAAGUUCGGGGAAAAACGGGUUGUCGAUACACCUAUCACUGAGAUGGGGUUCGCUGGUCUAGCAGUUGGUUCUGCACUGGCAGGUCUUCGCCCAAUUUGCGAGUUCAUGACAUUCAACUUCGCUAUGCAGGCAAUUGACCAUAUUGUUAAUUCCGGUGCCAAGACAUAUUACAUGUCUGGUGGGAACGUCCCUUGCCCCGUUGUCUUCAGAGGUCCCAAUGGGGCUGCCGCUGGUGUCGGCGCUCAACAUUCCCAGGAUUACGCUGCGUGGUAUGGCUCAAUACCGGGGUUGAAGGUGGUCAGCCCAUGGAGUGCAGAAGAUUGCAAAGGAUUGUUAAAGUCCGCUAUCCGUGACCCUAACCCUGUCGUCUUCCUUGAAAACGAAAUGAUGUAUGGAAUUGCAUUCCCAAUGUCUGCAGAAGCUAUGUCGGAUGAAUUCCUUCUACCAAUCGGCAAGGCCAAGAUCGAAAAGGAGGGCAAUGACGUCACUAUUGUAGCCCACAGCCUAAUGGUAUCGCGAAGCUUGGAUGCUGCGAAGCAAUUAGAGGCGGAGGGCAUUAAAGCCGAGGUUGUCAACCUGAGGAGUAUCAGACCACUAGAUAUCGAGACGAUUAUCAAGUCCGUUAAAAAGACCAACAGGCUUAUCACAGUCGAGGGUGGCUUCCCCGCCUUCGGUGUCGGCAGCGAGAUUUGCGCUCAAAUAGUCGAAUCAGAAGCUUUCGACUACUUAGAUGCUCCAGUUGAGCGCGUCACAGGUGCUGAUGUCCCUACUCCAUACGCUACGGGCCUUGAAGCCCUUGCCUUCCCGGAUGCUCCUCUUAUCGCUAAGGUAGCAAAACGCGCUCUCUACCGCACCAACUAG